AUCAUUCGCUCUACAGCUUACGGAUUUGAAGGGAGACUCCUGUAAUCAUGUCUAGAUUGUUCCUGCCCGUCUUGGCCAUUGUGCUAUUAUCCGCUGGAGCUUCGCAUGCAGCCAGCUUGGAAUGGCCCUCGAAUCUGGUGGCCCUCAGCUCGGUCAAGUCCUCGCAGCUACUUCCUAUUGCCAGCGAGGAUUCCGUUGAGUUAGCCGAUGGCAGUUCGGGGUCCGUCAGCUCAUCCGCUGCCCAGCCGGAAGAGCCAGCCCAGGAGGAGGCGGAAGAGGAACAGCUGUCCUCCGCAUCCAGUGGCAGUGCAGAUCCGAUUGGUGCUCGCCUUGUCUCUGCCGGAAUCCCCGUCUCGGUGCCUCUUCCUCUGAUUCUGGCCGCUCGUAAUGGACUUCGAACCGUAUUGACUAUCCAGGAGCCAGCCGUGGCCAAGGUGGGUGAGGUGGUGCAGCACGUGCCCACUGCCGUUUCGCAUCAGAGCCAGACGGUGGUGCACGAUCACCGCCGAUUGGUCACACCCAUAGUAGCUCCUGCUGUUCGCACCACCCAGGUUAUUCGCCAGCAGCCACCACUUCUGUGGACCGUGGCCUCCGAUCCCCGAGUGGUCCUCAUCCGCAACUGAGGAUCCAUGCCAAAGAUAAACAAGACGAACUCGCCAAAUCUAUGAUACUUCCAUUCUUAAUUUCCUUUCUGGACCUAGCUCACAAAAUGCUGUCCCCCUACUUCUUCUUUCUUCUGCCAUUUUCUGUAGAAUUCUUCUGUAGUGUGCUUUCAAUAAAGAUUUCGCAUUUAAA